AUGGCUCCUCACAAUGACGCACCCUCGCCCAGUGGCAGCUUCACUGCCGGCUUCAACAGAAUCCCUUUCCGCCCUGUCGGGUCCUCAUCCCUCAUGGCAGGCCACGAGUCGCCCCUCAGUAGCUCGUACAGCACAACUUCGGAAGCAUCCGACCUCCAUAUGACCCGACCACUUGUGCCAGGCGUCUAUGUCCCAACCAUGUGCUUCUUUGAGGAAGGCUCGGAAGAUGUAGACACGGACACCAUCGCACGCCAUGCAGUGCGACUCGCCCGCGCGGGCGUCACAGGACUGGCCACUCAAGGCUCCAACGGCGAAGCGGUCCAUCUCACACACGCCGAGAGACAGCUGGUUACGUCGACCACACGGAAGGCCUUGAACGACUCGGGAUUCUCCCACAUGCCCAUCAUUGUUGGCUGCGGCUCACAAAGCACACGGGAGACCAUCCAGUACUGCCGGGAGGCGUGGGAGGCUGGCGGCGAUUAUGCUCUUGUGCUCCCGCCCUCGUACUAUGCCAGCCUCUUUGCUCCGGCAUCCGAGACCAUUAUCGAGUAUUUCACUGCCGUGGCAGAUGCCUCGCCCAUUCCUAUCAUCAUCUACAACUUCCCCGGCGCCGUGGGUGGGCUUGAUCUCUCCUCGGACAUCAUCGUACAGCUUGCCGAGCACCACAACAUCGUGGGCGUGAAGCUCACGUGUGGCAACACUGGCAAGCUGAACCGCGUGGCUGCGGCCACCCGGAAGAUGUCCAAGACCCAUGACCCCAAGAACCCGGAGUUCCUAGUCCUCGCUGGUUCUGCCGACUUUUCCAUCCAGGCCUUGGUGGCUGGUGGCCACGGCAUCUUGGCCGGCCUUGCCAACAUCGCUCCCAAGGCCUGCACCCGCACGAUCGAGCUCUUCAACCAAGGCAAGCAUGCCGAGGCUCAGGAAAUGCAAGAGAUCGUUGCCCAGGGAGACUGGACAGCCAUUCAAGGCGGAGUCGUCGGAGUCAAAUCCGGUCUUCAAAGCUGGCUAGGCUAUGGUGGCUACGCCAGAAGCCCUCUCCCCAAGCCAACGGCUGCCCAGGAGAAGAAGUGGAAAGAGGGAUACAGAGACCUGAUCAUGUUGGAGAAGUCGCUGUAA